UCUGCUUGAUCACCUCAAUGCUCGGAGGAGCACGGUCUCUUGGCAGGGUCUCUGUAACUCCAUCUGGAGCAUGGUCAGUGCUGGCUUGCUUGCUAGCUCGCUCAUUCCCGGCAGCACUAGCUCUCACAUUGCUGCUGCUGCUGCUGAAAUUUAGGGUUUCUGUCAAUGUGACCACCCGGGAUCCGGACUGGAUGCGCUUUGAGGGGCCGGCUGAGCUCGCCUCCUUCUCUGCCACUUCGCUGACCACCAGCUCGAUAGCCUUAGUCUGGGACUUGUUUGCCUGCACAUACACCUGCUGCUUCUCCUUGCUCGCAUCUUUGCCUAGUGCCUUGAGCCCAAAGUUGGAAGUGGUGGAUGAGUGCUGGUGUAGGGUCUUCUCUGCUUUCUGCGACAGGAAAGACCCUCCUUUCCAGUCCAGGUGGUUCCAUGAUAAUCUGUCCCGACAUGCAGCUGAAGCUCUAUUGCUUACAAAUGGGCAAGAUGGGAGUUACCUCCUGAGGAAGAGCGACUCAAAGGACAAUGUGUACUCACUGUCAGUGAGGGCCAAGGACUCUGUGAAACACUUUCAAGUCUAUCUGAUUGGGAAUUGUAUCAAGUUCGGAUUCAAUGAAUUUAUAUCUGUGAAAGAUUUCACCCAACAUUUUGCAAAUCAGCCUCUUAUUGGAAGUGAAUCAGGUACUUUAAUCCUGUUGAAACAUCCAUAUCCACGAACAGUGGAAGAGCCAUCAAUAUAUGAAUCUGUCAGAGUUCAUACUGCCAUGCAGACUGGACGUUCUGAAAAUGACCUUGUGCCUGUGGCCCCUUCUUUGGGCACAAAAGAAGGUUUUCUCACAAAACAAGGAGGACGUGUAAAGAGCUGGAAAACCAGGUGGUUUAUACUGACACGGAAUGAACUGAAAUAUUACAAGGACCAGUUGUCCCAGGAGCCAAUAAAGACACUGGACCUCACGGAGUGCAGUGCGGUACAGUUUGACUACUCACAGGAGAGAGUUAAUUGUUUCUGCUUAGUAUUCCCUCUGAGGACGUACUACCUCUGUGCAAAGACUGGGGCAGAAGCAGAUGAAUGGAUAAAGAUUUUAAGGUGGAAAAUGUCUCAGAUAAGAAGACAAUCGACUAGGCGAUGAAGACAACUACAGAAGACCUGCACUGGGGAAGAGUCACUGCAAGAACCUCAUUGUUUGGACCAGAACACAUUUAAAUCAAAAUUGGACAUUUACAUUAUCUAUUUUAUACAAAGAAAGAAAUAACAUUAUUCUUGGAGUGUUAAUAACUGACAAAUUUGAUAUAACAUAAGUGUCAAGAAACAUUACAAGUUUCAUAGAUUUAUAACUAGGCCCAAGUACUGGAAAGGAAACUCAGACCCUCAUUUUCCAUACAAUCCACAAAACAUUAACCUAUGACAUAUACAUAUUUUUUAGGUUAUGUCACCCAUCGGAUUUUGACCUUUUCUAAGUGAGAUCCCACUUAAUGUCAGGGUCGGGACGAGGGGUAGGCAGAGUAGACAGCCACCUAGGCUUCCACCUUACAACUGCUGAAAAGGGGUUCAUUUUUAUUCAGGAAAAAAAACUAAGAAUUUCUGACUCAGGGGUCAGGAUCCAACAUAAUUGCUUAGGAAUAAGUAGAAGCAGCCUGCAGCUCCCCCUACCUCUGUAUGGAUAGCACUGCAGGGGAGACACACACUUUUGGGUUAAGCCCCCUGUUUAAAUGAUUUCAUGUGAACAGGGAAUAGGAGCUUUUUUCCCCUACACAUCAUGUCUUUUCACACCACCUAGAAGUUAGGUUUCUAAAAAAUGGUCGCUAGCAUACCUCAACAAGAAUAAGGUAAAAAGAUUUAUACAUGCCAUACAUACAUUCUGGGGGAGAUUU